UUAUUAUACGCAAGCGGUAUUGAUAUUUGCGGAUAAAAGUCAUCCAGACAUAACGGUGGUUGUUAAUCAAAACGAUGCCAGACGUAUACAAGAAGGAGAUACAGAAUUUAUUGAAAAUAUCAAAAGGCAAUGGAGAGAAGCAACUCAAGGAAAUCCAUAUGAGAAGGGUGAUGAUAUAAGUGACACAAUGGAAUCCCAAAGCUUCGAAGAGGAGUCUUCAUCUGACAAACAAGAUGCUGUAAAAUGGAAUACUGAAUCCGUUAAACUCUUGAUAUCUUUGAAGAAAGAAAAUACAGAAAUGUUUUCAUCAAAUAUCAUCACACAAAAACAAGGUUGGAAGAAAAUUUCGGAAAUGAUGUGCUUGAAAGGCCAUCAUUGUACAGGGGAGGAAUGUGACAAAAAAUUCCGGUCACUUAAAAUGAGAUACAAAUUAAUCAAAGAAAGACACAAGAGAACUGGAAGUGGGCGACAAUCUUGGCAGUUCUUCCCCCUUAUGGAUGACCUACUACAAGGCGACCCUGCUGUGAUUCCAACAACAGUAGCCUCAUCAGUACAAAUACAAAAUUCCCCAACUCUAAUCCUCCCACCAAAAAAAAAAAAGAAAAUUGAUAACGAAUCAGCAUGGGUUACCGAGUAUCGAAAACAGUUAAAAACUAUGCAUGAGGAGAGAAUGGAGUUGGAAAAAGAAAAAUUGAAAUUGGAAGAAAGGCGGGUGGCAGCGUUAGAAAAGCUUAUUAAUAAAGAAUAAAGCAGUCAAUUUAGUAUUAGUCUCAAAAUGGUUGAGGUCUACUGUCCCUUUGUUCUUAAGUUAAUCCAAAAAUUAAAAAAAAAUUACUAAAUAUUGAUUUUAUCAUUCAAGGUCAAUCUUGAAUAUAUAGUACAAGGUUAUAACUUGAAAAAUUUUUGACAUAUGGCUUUCAAACUUGGAACAAGUAAAGACAACAUUCUAAGACUAAAUGCACUACAUCAGAAUAUUUGACCUUGACUGCUUUUUUUCAUUCUGGAUCAAAUUAAGAAAAAGAUGACCAGACCUUGAUUUAAGAUCCUUUUCACAUGAAGACUUGAAAUUUUUAUAUAUUUUUAGGAAUCUGAUGUGCAACACACUGCAUUAUCAUUCUUUACCCUAGUCACAUUACUGCACUUGUUUAUGAUGGUAAAGGAGGCAAGACAUGUUUUUUAUUACCCACUUAAUCUUCUUCAGAAGUGAAUUAAUAUACCUUUCUUAUCAGAGGGACAUUAGACCUUAACAAAUACUAUAGACAUGCAGUUUU